CGGCAAGCAAGCGACCACUCCCACGCCACGCGCCGCUCUCACUCGGUCACUCUCACUCUUCAUUUCGUCGAACACCUUUGCCUCACAACCACCCCCCAUGGCCGACCGCGUCCACCCCAUGCCCGCUCCACCGCCGCCGUCCUCCUCCCCUCCGCUGGAACACGCCGCCGCCGCCACGGAGACCACGCCGCUGCACCCCAGCUUCCGCGGCGCGCGGCCGCCGUCGCCGGGCACGUACAUCAUCCAAAUCCCCAAGGACCAGGUCCUCCGCGUCCCGCCGCCAGACCGCGCGCGCCGCUACAAGAAGCUCGCGGCGAGGCCCGCACGCCGCCGCCGGCUCCGCCACGCGUGCUGCGCCGCCUUCUGCGCGGCCCUCCUCCUGCUCCUCCUCGCCGCCGCCUUCGUCGGCGCCGUCUACCUCGUCUUCCGCCCCCGCGCGCCGUCCUUCUCCGUCGCCUCCCUCUCCAUCCGCGGACUCGACGCCCUCGCCGUGUCAUCGUUGACUCCGCAGAUCGACGCCGCCGUGCGCGCGGACAACGGCGCCAACAAGAAGACCGGCAUCGACUACCGCGGCGGCGGGGAGGUGACCGUCUCCUACGCCGGCGAGCGGCUCGCCGCCGGGCCGUGGCCCGCGUUCCACCAGGCGCCGAGGAACGUGACGGUGUUCUCGACGGCGUUGGCCGGAGGAGGCGUGAGCUUCCCGGAGGAGCAGAGGAAGCGGCUCGCCGCGGAGCAGGCCGCCGGCGCGGUGCCCCUGACGGUGGAGGCGAUCGUGCCGGUGAGGUUGAGGUUCGGGAAGGUUCUCCGGACGUGGACGGUGGACGUGAAGACGAGGUGCGAGGUGACGGUGAACAAGCUGGCGGCGGCGGCGCCGCCGGCGAACAGGGGGUGCAGGGUCAAGGUCCGGCCGCUCUGGUGGUGGUGGUGAUCGCCGGCGGCGGCGGCGCCGCCGCCGCUGAUGGUUGGAUGGGUAGUACAUUAACGGCUACAGCCUAGUAUAGCUAGUAACAGCUGUGCAUUGAACAGAGAGAUAUUACAUUACUUAUUAUACCUGUGAAUUGAAUUAAUUUCAUAAUUAGUGUCCAAUUUUGUGGUGCAUUUCGAGCUGUUGGUGAGGAGAUUAAUGGAUUACCACCAGUGUAGCAUUUUGCAUGUUGCAGAUGUAAUUGGUGAAAUACUGAUGGUUUUCUCUGUUUUCUGUUUGUUCAAAUGGAGAAUGAAUUAAUCGGAUAUUUACUCAGUUUCAGAUGUAACUGAUGAAGUUUUGGUUACAGAUAAG